AUGCAAGCUCGCGAGGGUGAGGCCAUGGAAGUUCUGGCGUGUGAGGCUAUGCCUGUUGAUGACCCCUUAAUCAGAACUCAACAGGAUGAGAUCAAAUACAGCAUCACGUAUGAAGUUGAAAAUUCUGUUCCAUGGCGCGACCUUCUGCGCCGACGAAAAGGUGAUAAUACCAAAUGGUGCCGGCACGCAGGCCAUGCAGCAAUUCCAAGGUACGACUAA